GGUGACAUCAAGGGACAAACCAGUCUGAGGGUAAGGCAUACAGCUAGGAAGAGUCUGCUCUGACUCUGCAGCUUCCCCAGAGCCACAACAGGAGCAGCCACUUCUCGUUCUGCCUCAGCGAUGGCAGAAGCCGUGAUAAGGCACUGGGUGGAAACUCCCGUACGCUAUCAAGAGCAGUUUGCCCUCCAAGAGCUGGAAGCACACAAACUGGACCACUUUUUAUACGCUUUGCCGGGCCCUUCUACAGCUGUGCUGGGCAGCAGAAGGUGCACCACAGAAGGUACAGCUGGCGACGGGCAGAGCAGCCAGGAGGAGGAAAACACACGCUUUCAGGUCUUGCUGGACGUUGUGCAGUUCCGCCCCGAAGACAUCAUUAUUCAGACUUUCGAAGGCUGGCUCCUGAUCAAAGCUCAGCAUGGACCCAGGAUGGACGAGCAUGGUUUCGUAUCCAGAAGCUUUACCAGACAAUACAAAUUACCAGAGGGAGUGGAGAACAAAGACUUGUCUGCGCUUUUCUGCCAUGAUGGCAUUUUGGUUGUUGAAAUGAAGAACUCAGUGGGAAAAAAUUAGAAUCUUGUCCAUAGUUUAUUGGUGAGAUAAAAUCAUUCUUAAUAUAACAAAAUAAUAUCAUUCAAGCAAUGCUGUAGAGUGUAGUAAGCAUGUGGCUGUAUUUACGUUACAGUAAAGGAAAAUCUUUGUACAUAUUUUUCAGUAUACCGAGUUUAUUGUUUGAUGUAAAAUGUUAGACUGCUUGCCUCCAGCUACGUAUGUGUUGGAAAUCCAGGCCUUUUGAACAGUAGAAAAUUUAGGGUAGUCACAGCAAGAGAAAAAAAAAUAUCUGUUCGAUAACAUAUUGAAAAUAUAGCACGUUUAUGUGUUCAGUAGGAGGAGUUGUAUUUCUAAGGAAUAAGAAUUUGUCAUACAUAGUCAUAAUCACUAAAGAAACAAUAGGCAGGUGAUGAGUCUUUUGGAAAUUUGAUUUAUGUAUUAAAACAUCUGUUUUAUAAUUUUUGAGAUUACAUUCUUUUUCCUUAGGCUCUGUAAAAGCACACAAACUGAAGGACACUAUCGAGAAAAAACCAACUAUUUCCACAGUUUAAGCUUUUGUACAAAAACAGCCGUGAGAGAUUACUUUUUAGAAGUGUGUUGCAUGUUUGAAACUAUAAGAAAAAUGAAUAAUCACUGACUAUAUUUGCUUGAAAACACAGUAAGUAGAAAUGAUACUUUCUGUCAAAGACAUUAAUUUGGAAGAAAACAUUGAAAGACAUUUAGAAAAUUGGUUUUGUUUAACAUAUUCUAUAGACUAGCAACCAAAGAAAAAAUAUAUUGCUUACAGAUAAUCAAAAGGAUAAAAUUCUUCCUUGUGAAGCCCUGGUAAUAAAAGGGCAUUAGUCUAGCACAGACGCCUUUAUUCUUGUGCUUUUUAGGUAGUCUUGUUGUUCAAUCAGAUGAAUUUUUUAUUCUUCAUGUUUAGGCAUGAGACAGUUUAGGCUGAGAUCCCACAACUGUGUCUUAGAGAGCAAAUUUUUCUGCCUAUGUAUAGUCCCACUCUCCGCAUGUGAAUGUGGGCUGUACAUUAAUCUAAUUUUAAGUGCAGAGGUUCUUACUACAGACACAGGUUUAAUUUCUAUCUGUGUCUCUCAUUUCAUGAGAGCAGUAGAGAUGAAAAAAAACCCACCCACCAUAUCUAGUAUAUAACAUUAAAAAAAAAUACGCUGUAAGUGAGUUUGUAAAUACUCAAACAUUUGAGGAGAUCUGCAGCUGCAAGUCGAACUGCCUCCUUUUAUGUGUACUGGAGAUGAAUAUGACUGCUGUGCUAUGAAUAGUAAAGGAAUGUGGAAUGGAAAGUGCCAAGUUAAAUACAGACUCUUUAUGAUAGCCAUCUGCUGUUUGGACAAAUCAAAACCAAAUUCAAAUGAAACUGAAUACAAAUACAAUUUUAAGAACAUGAGAAAAAUCUGAUGGGCAAAACCCAGGCUCUCAGUAGCUGAAGCCAGAGAGUUCCUUUAGCUGAAAAAGAAAGCCCUGCGCUUGUACAUCUGCACACGACCAUUCAUUAGAAAGAUUUAUAUUAUGGUUGUUUAGACUUCAAGAUACUUGAAGCAAUUGACUUUAGAAAAGUGGGUACUCCAAUUCUUGCAUUUUAUUUAUUAUUUGUGCUAAAACUCUGAAGAAAUUUGUACAAGAAAUGGAGAAUAAGGUCUGGAUUGUCAAUUUCCAUUGUAUGCAAUUAUUUUAUUUUUUCAAAAGAGCAGAAGUCAAGAAUCUAAUGUUUUCUAACAAACAAAACCAAAUAUAAAACAUACGUCCCUACAUUUCCACUCAACCCAUAGUUUUCUCUCAUGUUGCCUGUGUUUAAUUUGUUCAAUUUGGUUCAAGAUAAUAAACAGUCACGCUAGAAAAUCAGUUGUAGAUUUUCAACAGUUUUAGGUCAAGAAGCUUCCUCAACCAGCAAUCUGACGGAACACACAAUUUUCAUUUGCAUGUUUGCAAUUCAUUUAAAAAAUGAAUUCUAGAUAGAGGUCUGGGUUUAAAUCUUACACACCAACUUUAUAAGAAAGGUCACAGGUUUAGACCCAUGCUUUCCACAUCAC